AUGUCUGUGGCGAUCUCCUCUGAUGAGGAAGAUGGCGGCGGUGGUGUGGCCGCUUCUUCUGCUGCUCUGGUGUCCAGCGAGGACGUGUCUGAGCAGCUUGUGGCAGCUUCUGAAGGAAGCUUGUCGGAGCAAGCUCUGGUGACUGCAGAGAGUUCUACCUUACAGCCUUCUUCAGGUUCUGGAAAGCAGAAGAGACUGCUGCACUUCUGGAAGCCCGAGCACCCUCUAGCAGAGAAGCCUCCUCUGGAGAAGGAAGCUCAGCCGAAGGGCAGGCCACUGUCCGCUGCCAUGAAGCAAAUUCUGGCAGAAGUGGCAAGAGAGUCUGUUGUAGAACAGACUAACGAAGAAGCCCGUCUGGAAGCUCAGCGACGCUACGCGAAGAAGAAGAACACUGGCAGACCAAAGAAUCUGCCUGGAGCUCCUUCUAAGAAGCGCUCUGCAGAGAUGCCUCUGGCAGUGCAAGCCCGUGUUCUGAAGCAGAUGAAGACAGAGAUGCCUGGCUUUAGUUCUGAGCAGGACUUCGCUAAAAGCAUGAGCCAGAAACUUGGUCUGGACAAGAAGUACGUGAAGAAGCUCUGGGCUAGAAGAGAAAACGAGUCUCGUGCCUACGGGCACUCUGUGAAGAAGCGGCAUCUGCUGUCGCAGUGGCAGCUUCUGCUGAGCAAGGAGCUUCUGAAGCUCAAGUCUGCGAAGAGUGCCUCUGCAGACUCCUUCGAGCGGGGUCGUCUGGAUCAAAAGAUCUCUGAAGGCGAGAAGCAGCUGCAGUCUGCUGCGAAAGAUUCUGGCAAGAACCGUCUGAGGCAGCUGUUGCUGGAUGUCGGUGCCAAGAAUCUGCAGCCGGAUCUGAAGACGAAGCUGUCUGAGUCUGAGGAGAUGGUCUCUGCGAAGCUCACUUACCAGAGUCUGGACCGCACUCUGUGGACAGCCUGCUUCGCACCUCUGGAGGAUCUGGCGACCAGGGUUGCCAAGCCCUCUGAGUUCAGAGAGCACGUCUCUGAUUUGGUCGUGAUCUGCUCCGACCAAAUCCCUUUGUGGGUAAAGUCUGGCAGCGAGCGAGAGCUCUUUGCUGAAUGGGAGCACAACCCUCUGCCCCAGCAGCAUCUGCGAGAGGCUCUGAAGAAUCACCAUCUGUCCUCCUCUGACCAGGUGAAGUCUGGCGAUCUGGUGGCACCUCUGCUGCAGGCUGCGAAGCCGUCUGCUGAAGCUGCCCGUGCCUCUGGUCAGAGGCAGAAGAGGGCCUUUCUGGACGCGGACUCUGUGCGCUACCGUGUCACCUACGAGGCCAGGCAAGCUCUGUACGGCCUCUGCAAAGACCCUGCUCUGGAGGGCGAGUCUGGUUUGAGCGGGCAAGUUCUGCCUGGUCUUCUGGUGGUGCACGGCUCUCACGCUCGUCUGAACAACAUCGACAGCUCUGGUCGAUUUCUGCGAGACGAGACGUUUGAGUUCUCUGGCAAGGUGAUCUGCCGCAAAGCAGGCUCUUCUGCUGGCAAUCUGCUCCGUGGCUGGGGACAAGGAUCCUUCUCUGUUUCGCUAGAUCAGUCUGAUGAGCCAGCCCUCUGCGAAUGUGGAUGGCAUCAUCUUCGCCUGGGCUCAGGAGGAGCUGGCUGCUCUGGCACCUGCCUCUGUCCAUGUCCGCGACUGCUUCGCGGCGGCCUGGUCUGUCUCUGGGGCAGAGUCUCUGUUCUACUCGCAGAGUCUGCAGACGGUCAUUGGACCGAAACUGACUGCGAGUCUGCAACUGACUGA